UGCAGUCAGUCACUGUGGGCCGGACCGCCACUGCACUUCCGCUCGGCGAGAGGAGAAACGCACACGCGUGAGGCGGCGGAAGAGGCGCAGACACAAAGAAAGGUUGUGAGGAUGUCUGACGAGGACUCCAUUGCCGGAUCAAGUUCUUCCUCAUCAUCCUCCUCCUCCUUCGUCCAUCAGCAGUCAGACAAAGACACGCCUAACAAGAAAAAAGAGAGCAAAUCCACCAUGAGUAACAAAUCUAAACUACUUUCAACCAGUGCCAAAAGAAUUCAGAAGGAGCUAGCUGACAUCAUGCUGGAUCCUCCGCCGAACUGCAGUGCCGGUCCAAAAGGAGACAACAUCUAUGAGUGGAGGUCCACCAUCCUGGGUCCUCCAGGCUCUGUGUAUGAGGGAGGGGUCUUCUUCCUUGACAUUGCCUUCACUCCAGACUACCCCUUCAAACCUCCUAAGGUGACGUUCCGUACCAGGAUCUAUCACUGCAACAUCAACAGUCAGGGCGUCAUCUGCCUAGAUAUCCUGAAGGACAACUGGAGCCCGGCGCUCACUAUCUCCAAGGUUCUACUGUCCAUCUGCUCCCUCCUAACAGACUGCAACCCUGCCGACCCGCUUGUGGGAAGCAUCGCCACUCAGUACACAAACAACAGACCGGAGCACGACAGGAUAGCCAAGCAAUGGACCAAACGCUACGCCACAUAAUGACCCACGGAGUGUGCUACUGCUGGAGGGAGGAAAAGGGACAUGGAGAGGGAUGGGGUGUACAAUGGAGGGUGAGGGAGGGAUGGAUGGGGUUCGGCUGUAGAAUAGAGUGUGGGGAGGAUUUUUAUGGUGAAAUUAAAGUCUUAUUUCCUGAUUGUCAUUAAAUGUGUCUUUCUUUCUCUCUUGACCCUUGUAGAAUUCUCCUUUGGCAAUAAUUGAUCUUAACGUGUCUUCCUUUGUUCGUUUUGCUCUUGUAAAUUGAUUUUAGUUACUGCUUUAAAGGGGCCGUCAUUAUCAAUCCUGGUUGCUUGUAAAAAAUUGAGUCACAGCAUGAUGUCUGACUGUAAUGUAUUUUUCCCUCUGCUAUUAAAGUUUAAUUCGAUGUA